UCUGACUAAAGUACAGACCUAUAUUAUUAUAUAUAUAGGAUCUGAUAACUCCCCAUAAGAGAUCAUGUUCUGGUGAAUUUUGCAUUGGCCAAUGAAAUCAUAACUUCCUUUUGCUUGUCUGGUAUUUCGGAAGUCAUUCCAUUUUCAUACGUAUGAGAUGAUACCCGAUGAGUUCCGAUAAGCAAAUAACACAAUUAAAAAUGGCGUCGAUAAGUGCCACGCCGAGGAAAACAUGUCUUUUGUCGGAUGCGUGUAUCCUCUGUGGGUUUUGUUUUAAACAAAUUGAGAAAGCAAGUGACGGUAGUGAAAAAAUCCAAAAGUUUAGCGAAAUUAAACUGCGUUUAAAUGAAGAAAGGUGGGGGAAUAUCAGGAAACUGACGGGUGUGUUGACAGAUUUGGAUGAAAAAGGCCUUGGAGGGGUUUGCAAAAAAUGUUAUCGACAGGUUGAAUCUGUUUUAAAAAUUGAAGCCAAAAAUGCAGUUGUUAAAGAACGUUUUCGUGAAAUGGCAGUGCGAACUUUGAAAACAAAAAUGUUACAACUGCCGUCUCCCCGAAGAACAUCAAUAACGAAAAGAAUGCUUCGGAGCCCGGAUACACAUGUGCCCUCUACGAAGAAGAAAUCUUUCGACGUAUCUGUUGUGAAGCUUGUACAACUGACGCCCUUUAAAGAUCUGACGAAUACAAGAACGGAUUCAUCGAAAGCAGGGCUGUCUAUGCCAGUAUAUACUGCAUGUAUCCCUAUUGCACCACAGGAGAAACAAGUUGCACCUGCGUUAUCCUACAAAGCAUCUUGAGAACCUCAAUCAGAAUGUGACCAGAAAAGGAAUUACAGAGUCAUAGUUUGAAAUGUUGUCCUACUAAACAGCAUUGUACUUGAUUUUAAACACAGUUAUGGAAACAAAAGGUUAUGUCACAAUACAGCAUAAUGCCAUACAAUGAUUAUUUCAUUUGAAAAAUAUUUCUGAAUCCAUUUUUGGUCUAAUUAUUAUGAAAUCUAAAGCAUAUAAUACAUAACAUUUAGACAUAAAUUCUGUUCGUGUUUUUUAAAGUUUUACCAACAAUUGCAGAAAUAUGACAACUGAAACUUUAAUAUCAGCUUAGAGCACUCCAUUUCCUUAAAUAUUAUCCUUUGUCAGAAUGGAAUGAAAUCAUUGAGUGUGGUGUUCCUACAGUCAUAUAAUGUGUUUGACUGUUCAGGAAAACAAAAUCAAGACAUUGAGACCAGAAACUGCAGAUAUUUGUAUUUUUAAUGGUGUAAAAAUUGACCUUAGAUGAUUUUAUGAGAAAUAUGUAGAAAAGUGAUUGUUUUCAAUGAAAUAUAGAACUUGACUCAUUUAUAGCACUAUACUGUAGAUGUAUAAUGUCAACAGUUGUAUAAUAAAUGGACAAAAGAUGAUUAAUUUCAUGAAAAUGGAUUGUAAGUAGUCUAUAACAUUACCUGUAAUAACACAUUAUUUUCAUUGGAUGAUUUGAAUCUAACAUAUAUAGAUUUCAAUAAAACAUCCUUAUCAGAAUGAAAAGAAAAUGCAAAAAUUCCUGUAUACAAAUACUGGAUUUUAUCUUUCUAGAGGGUGCAUCAACAAAUAAAAAAGGAUCUAAGCGAUCUUUAGAUUUUGAGACUAAUAGAGACCAAAGCGACAUUCAACCCACACCUUUAGAUGGGUCGAUUGAGGUUAACUUGUAAAUUGAAAGUGUAGCAAAAGUUUUUACUGAUCAGUUCAUUACUAGAUGUUCAUGUUAUACUUAGUCACUAACAUAGUAUUUCAUUAAUCAUGAUUCAGUUUAGCUCACCUUAGCUGAAAGCUUAAGUGGGCUAUUCUGAUCACAUCUGUCUGUCCAAAAACUUUUCACAUGUUUGACUUCUUCUCCAGAACCAUGAAGCCAAUUUCAUUCAAAAUUGGCACAAAUCAAUUCUUGGGUAAAGGGGAUUCAGUUUGUUUACAGGAAUGUUCUCUUCAAAGGGGAGGUAAUGAAGGAAAUGCAAAAAAAGAAAGAAAGAAUGGAUUGAUCUAAAAAUGUUCUCAAGAACCACUGGGUGAGAAAAGUCAAAUCUUACAGGAAAACUUCCUGGCAUAGUGUAGAUGCAAGUUUGUUAGAAGGGUUGGGCUACAAGAAGACUUUUAGGAGAUCAAAGACCCAUAGGCCUCUUGUAAGGGUUGCUCAUUACAUCAAGACUUAUACUUUUAUGAAACUACAUCACAAAAUGGUGAUUUAUGUUUUUUAAAAAAUUAUUUGUAUCAAUCAGUUUGUUUGUCUAUCAUCGUAGCUCAGUGGAUAAAGUUACCGGUGAGUGACCCACAGAUCACAAGUUCAAAUCCACCAGUCUUCAGUUCAUAUUUACUGAUAUAAAUUUUUGAAAAUCAUGUUUUUUUAAAAUCCCAAUUGCAUAUUUUUGGCUUUUUGACAUAUGUACUCAUUACGUAUCAUCACAUCUUUCAUAAUUAAAUCAGUUUGCGCCGAUUUGAUAAGCUUUUUCAUGUUGUAGUGAACAACCCAAUCUGACUAAAGUACAGAUCUAUAUAUUUUAGGACACCUGAGUAAACUCAUAUUGCAAUUGGUUGUUGUCCAUUGUUGUUUGAUAACAAUUGAACAUAUUUAACUUCUUGAUAACUACUAUACUAAUUCUUUUCAAAUUUGGUGUGAAGCAUCUUUGGAACAAAGGGGACAUAAAUUGUAAAUUUCAGGAUUCCUGCACCCCUGGGGCCUUAGGGGUGGGGCAAAAACUGCCCAAAAUUGACAAAUUUUCAAAACUCUUCUUUAGAUCCGCAAAUGUUUAAGAAAAACUAAAUGCAUAAUUAUGUAGAGCGAGAAGGCCUUUACCAAAAUUGUAAAUUUCAUGAUACCCAGGGUAGGGGUUCUGACUCCAGGGUGGGACUAAACUUUGUAUAUAUUGUUUAUGUGUAAUUUUGCUGGUACUGUAUAAAAUCUAAAUGCAUACUUAGGAAUAGCAGAAAAGGAUGUACGGUGAAUUUCACAAGCCUGGGUUUUGACUCUAGGAUGGGUCCAAAUCAGUCAUAUCUUUUAAUGCUUUAAUGUUAAUACACCUAUUAUUUCAUCAGUGUAUGCACUUUUAAGGGCGCUUAAGUUGUAAGAACACAUCUUGUUUUAUACUGUUGCUGAACAUUAGAAUUUAGUCAAAACAGGAAUUUGUUUCCUCUAGAUUUCAUGGCCCUUGGGAGUAGUGAUACUUUUUUACUAGUACUCACAUGACCUAUAAGGCCUGUGGGCCUCUUGUUUGUAGUUGAUGUAGCUGUGAAUGAA